UUGAUGGUCGCAGUCACAUGGCGCAGCGGCCUGUCACUGCUCUGAGCGGCAGCUUGAUGGGAAUGGGAGGAUCCCGCAUGGAAACUAUGCGUGGUACACCCGCCCACACAAGUCAGAUUAUAUACGGCGACUAGUCGGAGCAGCGCAGCCUGUCAUCCAGGAAGAGACCAGCAGCAGGACAAAGAAGCCAUGAGCUACCCUGGGUACCCACCUAUGUCGGGCGGAUAUCCCCCGCAGGCUGGGGCUUAUCCCCCACAAGCAGGAGGCUAUCCCCCACAGCCAGGGGCCUACCCUCAACCUGGAGGCUAUCCCUCGCAGCAGCCUGGAGGCUACCCACCGGCCCCACCAACUGGCAGUUGGGGUGGUGGCCCUGCUGGUGGUUAUCCCUCCAUUGGUCUUGACGGCUUAUCCAACUCUGGAUACAACCCUGGCAUGCCAGGAGGUCCUGUGCCUCCACACCAAGGCCCGGGGAUGGGAUACCCUGGUCAGCCCGGUUAUCCUGGUCAACCUGCUCAGCCUGGAAUGCCUGGUCAGUCUGGUUAUCCUGGUCAGCCAGGAAUGCCUGGUCAGUCUGGUUAUCCUGGUCAACCUGCUCAGCCUGGAAUGCCUGGACAGUCUGGUUAUCCUGGUCAACCUGGGAUGCCUGGACAAUCUGGUUAUCCUGGUCAACCUGGUCAGCCAGGAAUGCCUGGACAACCUGGUUAUCCCGGUCAACCUGCUCAGCCUGGUUUUCCUGGCCAACCUGCUCAGCCUGGACAGCCUAUGCCAGGGUAUCCUGGUGCACCAUCACCCAACCAACCCAUGCCUGGUUUUGGCAGUGCACCAUCACCUAUGCCAGGGUACCCAAAUGCUCCAUCACCAAAUCCAUCCAUGCCAGCCUAUGGAGGAGGAGGAGGAAUGCCAAUAGCUCCACCUGUGAAUAGAGGAUAUCGGGGAACAAUCAAGGACUUUCCUGGGGCUGAUCCACUAAAAGAUGUGGAGGUCCUUAGGAAGGCCAUGAAGGGCUUUGGAACUGAUGAGCAGGCCAUUAUUGAAUUACUGGGGAGUCGUUCCAACAGGCAGCGUGUGCCUUUGCUCCGGGCCUACAAAACCUCUUAUGGAAAGGAUCUGAUUAAGGAUCUGCAUUCUGAACUGUCUGGAGACUUCAGGAAGUUGGUCAUGGCCAUGUUAAAGUCUCCAGUUGAGUUUGAUGCCUCUGAGCUCAACAGUGCCAUAAAGGGAGCUGGAACUGAUGAAGCUUGUCUGAUAGAGAUCUUGUCGUCACGGUCGAAUGAAGAAAUCAGAGAGAUAAAUCGCAUUUACAAACAAGAAUAUAAGAAGUCACUGGAGGAUUCCAUUAGUGGAGACACCUCAGGCCACUUCCGACGGCUCCUGAUAUCUCUUGCCCAGGGUAGUCGUGAUGAACGUGAAACAGUGGACAUCUCUCUGGCUAAACAAGAUGCUCAGGCUCUGUAUGCUGCUGGAGAGAACAAGCUGGGAACAGAUGAAUCCAAAUUCAAUGCUAUUUUGUGUGCCAGGAGUAAGCCCCACCUUAGAGCAGUGUUCCACGAGUACCAGCAGAUGUGUGGCAGAGAUAUCGAGCAGAGCAUCAUCAGGGAGAUGUCAGGAGACCUUGAGAGUGGCAUGUUGGCAGUGGUGAAGUGUAUUAAGAACACACCUGCCUACUUUGCUGAGAGGCUUCACAAGGCAAUGAAGGGAGCUGGGACAAAGGACAAAACCCUGAUCCGGAUUAUGGUCUCGCGCUCUGAGGUUGACAUGCUGGAUAUCCGUCAGGAGUACAUAAAAAAAUAUGGCAAAUCACUCUACACGGACAUCUCUGGAGACACAUCCGGAGACUACAAGAAACUCCUCUUUAAGCUCUGCGGGGGCAGUGAUUGAGAAAUCAGCAAUGUCUACCAAAAAAUGUCCUGUUUUUUGCCUUAUCUCUAUAUACGCUAUCUGCACACCUGCAUGUCGUGCCAAUGCUCUCAAUGCAAGAUUUGACUAGUUGUAAAGAUCUUACACAUUGUACUACAUAUUGUCUUUCUAUAUGGGUUAAAGGUUUUUAAUUUCUUUCUCACUUGUGAUACUUUUGCUCCAUAUGUUGAAAAUACGUGGCCAUACAAUAGAUUUGUAAAAGAUUACAUUUCAGUUUUAAAGACUUUAUUUUUUGAAGAUGGUGUAUUUAGCUUGUGCCAAAAUUAUCAGCCAUUUAUAAUUCUGGCCAUCAGCUGAAAAACAUUCAGUGUAAGGCAUUAAGCACACAGCAGCUAUUUACCAGAGUUAAUGUUUGCAAUUGUAUAAUCGUUUCUAUAUAUUGUCUACUUGUGUUGAGAAUAUUGUUGUUGUGCUCUAUUUACAUUUGUGCAUCAUAUAUUUGUAACUAUGCCAAAUACAAUCGUAGCAUUAUCAUAGCACAAAUUGCUGGUGAAUUAGAUCUAGAAAAUAAAUUCUAAAAAGGCA